AUGUCAAAUAUUACAUUUGCGCGCAAUUGUACGGCCACAUGUGGUCAAAUUGUGUUUUGUUCUGUAGGACAAAAAUAUACCAAGGAGGCUGAAGCAAAUUCAGCCUUAGAAUCAAAUUCAGGUUCAUCAACCAAUGCUACAGACAAAACCAAAUUUAUAGUUUCGCAAGAAUCUAUAGAUAAAUUAUCUAUUGCAUUUGGGAAAUUAUGCUAUGAAAUUAAAAAGAUUAAGGAAGAGCAACAGGAAAUGUUGCUCUAUGUGAGAGCACAUAAGCAAGAUUAUUCAGCAACUUCUAAUAAUCCCAUUACCAUUUCCUUUAAACUGCCCAUGGCAAGCCUUACAGAUGUACAAGAAAUGGAGAUGCAAUUAAAUAAUGAUGAUGUUGCUGUGGAAUUGAUCGGCCAAUUAUCUUUUCUUGGUGGGCAUAAUAUGAGAGGAGCAGUCGCUACUAUUAUGAAAAAGUUAUUUAGCAGGGCUGUAGCUGUGCAAUAUUCUUCAAAAGGCCGAAAAAACAAGCUGGAUUUUUCGGCACUGAAAUUAUGCAGUGUUGUUAUUCAGGCUGUCAGAAUUAAGUACCCUGAAGUAGUGGAUGCUGAUAUUAUGAAAACUAUUUCCGCGGUGCUGGCACAAUCACGAGAUUGGGAUGGAGCCAAAAAAUUCAGACUUCUUCAAAAGGACUUAAGCAGUGGGAAUGCCUAAGAUAUUAUAU